UUUGAGUACACUGAUUGGUCAUGAUGAUAUGGUCAGCCAUAUUGUAUACAGUCCAGAUGGCAAACUUCUUGUCAGUGCAUCUAAAGACAAGUCCUGUAAAUUAUGGGAUAGCAUGACAUUUGAGUGCAUAGCAACCAUAUUGUGCGAGAGUGAGAUAACUGAUAUGACUUUUGACCCUACUGGACAGUUUAUGGUGGUAGCAUCAAUGGAUGGUGUAGCCAAUAUGUACAACACAGAAACUCAAGUAAAUAUGGCAAAGUUGGACGGUCAUGAAAAAGAAAUUACAAAGGUGAUGUUCAAUCCACAAGGUAAUAAGCUACUUACAUCAAGUGCUGAUAUGACUGUUAGACUAUGGAAUGUGGAGAAUACUGAAUGUGUACAGGUACUACAAGCACAUACACAAAAUAUUACAUGUUGUCAAUAUAAUUACAGUGGUAGUACUAUUAUAACUGGUAGCCAAGAUGGCACAUGUAUUGUCUGGCAGUAGAUACCACUCUAGUAUGAAAGGACAACUCUGAUAACAAGGCUGAUGUGUUUGAGGAAUGUGAACAUCAUAGUUUUCAACCAAUCUAUUUUGUUUAAAAAAUAUUGAGGCAAAAAUAAAUUUAUUUGACAACAUUAAGUGAAUGUUUAUAUGCCAUCUGCUGGUAUUGAUUUUAGCAUUUCAGAAGCAGUGCCAUACACAGGUACAUUCUUUGUAUAUUAUUCUUAUAUUGUCAUUGUAAUAUAUUGCAUGUAAACAAUUUAUUGUACAUAAAAAUACAUUU